UGCGCAUCAUGCCAAUUACAGAUCCCUGUCGUUAAUCCAUCGUCGCAUCCCAUACAACUGCGGAUGAUGUCUAGUCGUGCAUUUACCUGAUCGCUCGUCGCUACUGAAGCUGUUUGUCACCUCCCUCCCUUUCAGCAGUUCUUGCAGCUGCGUCCUCUCUUUAAACUCAAUUCAUCGUUCCAUACAAUUCACCAUGCGUGCCUUCGCCGCGGUCCUUGCAACACUCCUUCCUUGCGCGGUGCUUGGACAGCUGGUCGACAGCGAUGGUUAUACGGGCUAUAAGCUCGACAUCCGUGAGGAUGGCGACCCUCUCGCCGUUUUGUAUGAGACCGAGAAUACAACUCCCAACGUUUCUGCCUUGGUCCCUGAGCCGGAUGUCCUCCUGAACGCUUCAGUCUCCAUCGGAGAGAUCUACGUCGGCGUCGACAAUUUGACCGCGAAGAUCAAUUUGGACGCACAGGUGCUCUCGUUGCUAUCUUUCAAUGCCGGUGUCGAUCUCUCGAUCGACAAGGUAUCAAUCUUGAUCCAGAACGUUACCGCAAAAGUCUAUCUGGAAGCACGUCUUACAAACCUUGUCAGUAUGGUCAGCGACGUGCUCGACAGCAUCGACCUCAACCCUAUCAUUGCCGAACUGGGCAAUGGCUUGGGAAGCAUCAUCAACGACACCGCCGGCCUGAUUGGCGACGUUGCUGAUGGCAUCACUGGAUCAGGAUCGAAUUCGACGACUUCCGGCUCGCCAGCUUCUGCAGCAAGCAAGCGAUCAGAGGACCUCAUGCAGUUCGACAUCAGGAACAACAUUCUUUACUCACAUAACGACUUUUCUGGGAACACGCAUACUCGUCGUGUUCUCGCACAGAACGGAGACAUCAUCGAGCAAAAGCUGAACAACUACGGGUCCAUCUCGAAUGAGCGUGUAGUAGGCAACUACGAGAAGAACAUGCGCUUCAAUGGCUUUAAUGAAAGUGUUACAUUCAAGGGCGAGGAGGUUAGGGAGGAGGAGUACGUUUACGAGCCAUUCAAAGGACUGUUCUCAAUCAUCGGCGUGUUCAAAAACAAGGCUACGGGCGAGGUAGUGGGCACCCAGUUGUUGGCUGAGGCGAGAGGGGGCGGAAGUGCGACGAUUGGGACUGACCGGGAUCAAAGGUAGACAAGGUUCUACAAC